CCCACUACUUUACCCACAGGUUUACAGUUGUCCAAGUUAAGAAACUAAUGCUGCUGGAGUGAUUUAUCGAAAAAGUUGUGGGAGCACAACCUACGUAUGUGAAUUUUUUGUAAUAUAAUUUCUAUUUCAUCAAGCUUUAUUCGUGCUAAACUCUGAUUUGAUCAAAACAAUAUUGUCAAAUCACUUAAUUCAUACCUUUCAAGUUAUUUCUAGUUGAUCGUAAAUUGAAACAUUCUAGCAAAUUAUCAGACAUGGUGUAAGUGUUAUGUUUGGAUUAUAUAGAACAUGAGUUUAUUUAAUUUUGUUUUUCGUUGUAGUUUUUACUAAGAGAUACCAUCAAUUGAUAAAUAAACCAAAGUCAUAUAAAAGCAGGCGUAUUUAAUUUCCUCAUCGAGUAGUAAUAAAGUUAUUUUUCUAUUAUGCCUUUCAUAAUACAGUGUUUAGGUAUCUUAGUAUUAAUUUUAGUAACAAACGUAAGAAGAUGAACAUUUUGUAUAUUUUGAAGCAUUUAAAAAAAAAAAACAAAUAUUAUUAAGGCCGCCAAAUACACUGUUAUAGCAGACGAUGAAAAUAUUUUUACACCCUGCGAAGGUGAAGAAGAUCGAUUUAUGACAAGGUUUUUCGACUUAAGUAAUCUGAAAGUCACAAUAGGGUCUGAUGAUGAGCCCAUACUUAAUGGAUAUAUGGUGUCAAUUGCUGAUGUUAAGCCUAAUGACACGAUUUCGAUUGCUAGUGCAAUCUUUAAAGAAAAUCGAGGCCAAUAUAUAAUACCAGCCUUAGAGAUUAAUCGGAAUGAUCUAUGUAAAGCCUUAUUUAAUCCAUUUGAAGCUUGGCAUCAAUACGUUAAACAUAUGGAAAAAUUCUUAAAGUGUCCGAAUGUUAAAGGGACUAUUUAUAGGAUUCCCAGUUGGUCAACCAAAGCAAAUGUUUCAAAUAUUCCAGAUCCAAACCUUUCUGGGGCUUACCGCAGUGUUAUGCAUUUUGCAGUCGUUGGCAAUGAAAAGAUCUCGAUGUGUGCAGUUUUUAAUUUUCAUAUGUUUUUAAUUGAUAAUUUAUGAGAAAUUCCGUUAAAAUGUGAUCGCGCUUUCCAAUAAAUACAAGUUUGAGUUUUGAAGCGACUUUUUAAAGAAUAAUACUUAUAUCAAUUUAAAAAUACAUAUACAUGCAUUGUGCCCGUUGUCGAUCGAAAGUAGGUUAGAGAUCACUUGCUUUGUUUGGUAGAUGUGUCAGAUGUCAAAUUUUGAAUGACAAAUUUUGAAUGACAAAUUUUGUUUUCAGUAUCUACUGGAUUUUUUCGAUCUACUUUAUUAAACUGAAGAGCUAACCUCAAAAAUUGAAUUAUAUUACCGAACUCAUUUGAAUUAAAAAAAAAACUAACUAACUAAAUAGACACCAGAGAGCUUACAACAAUUUUUGAGGGUGGAUGUUUUUACUUGUUUUAUAAAAAAGGACAAGAAAUGGUUCCACAUCAAAAAAAUCUUCGGGGAUCUGUCAAAACCAACAUUAGAUACACUCAAAAAACUGUUUUUAGACAUACUGUCUGAGCGUCGCGUCGCG